AUGCCGGAGUCGGAUCAUCUCAGCGAUGCUGACGAAAACUCGCCGCUUGUAAUGUCACCGGCGAAAUCGAGCGGCGAGUUUCAGCGUCAAGCUGCUCUCGCUGCGACGAAUGCAGAUGUAGAUGCAGAUGCGCUUGCUCAAGCGCGGCGGAAUGAGUUAGCUGAGCAGGAGUCGAAGAGUACUUGGUAUCUUGUUCUGCUUACUUUGAGUAUAGGAGGACUGCAAGUAGUCUGGUCCGUUGAACUUUCCAAUGGCUCCCCAUUCUUGCUCUCCCUAGGCAUGAGCAAAGCCCUUCUGGCUAUUGUCUGGGUCGCUGGUCCCCUGACAGGCACACUUGUGCAACCCUACAUUGGUAUCUUGAGUGACAACUGUCGUAUCCCCUGGGGCAAGAGGAAGCCCUUCAUGAUUGGCGGUGGCCUGGCCACGAUCUUUUGUUUAAUGAUCCUGGCUUGGGUGCGUGAGAUUACUGCUGGUGUGCUUGGCAUAUUCGGUGCAGAUGCGCAGUCAAGCGGUGUGAAGGUUACGACGUUGGUGUUUGCGACGAUUAUGAUGUUUUGUUUGGAUUUUGCUAUUAAUACUGUACAGGCUGCUAUUCGAGCUUUCAUAGUGGACUGUGCUCCAGCACAUCAACAGGAGCCGGCUAAUGCAUGGGCAAGUCGACUGACCGGCGCUGGCAACAUCAUCGGCUAUAUUCUUGGGUAUAUGGACUUGCCAAAAGUGUUUCCUAUAUUUGGAAACACUCAAUUCAAAGUUCUGUGUUUGAUCGCCAGUUUCUCCCUCGGCGUUACACUAUUGGUCAGUUGUCUUACCAUCAAAGAGCGUGACCCGCGCCUCGACGGACCAGCGCCCCCGGGGGGCAUGGGCUUAAUUUCAUUCUUCAAGGGAGUCUGGAAGUCGAUCCGCAACUUACCGCCUCAAAUCCGGAAAGUGUGUGAAGUUCAACUCGCAGCUUGGAUUGCAUGGUUCCCUUUUCUAUACUAUUCAACAACCUAUAUCGGACAACUCUACGUGAACCCAAUCUUCGAGAAACACCGUGACUUGACGGACGAUGAAAUCAAUCAAGCAUGGGAAGAUGCUACGCGCAUUGGUUCCUUUGCUCUUUUGGUGAAUGCGAUUGUGUGCUUUACGGCAAAUAUUGUCUUGCCGCUUUUGAUUAUUCCGUCGUAUAAACGAAUACAGGUCCCAGCAGCUAAUGCCGACUUCAUGCCAGUAGCGCAGGAUGUUGACUCCGCGGAAGCGGAGAUUAGAAGAUCCAUAUCUGAGCUUCGAGGUGAAAUUGCAUCUGAGCCCCUUUUGGCUCGUGAAGGGGGUUCCAUUGUAAGCGGUGAGGUGGAUGAGGACAAGAAGAGAUUUGAUUUUAUGAAGAGAAUCCAGAUCCCCGGGUUGACUCUGCGACGCACUUGGCUGCUUUCGCUAGCUUUACUAGCAGUAUGUAUGUUCAGCACAUUUUUCAUCAGCACCUCGCAAGCAGCUACAGUUGUGAUUGGGUUUGUCGGUAUUUCCUGGGCCGUCACGCUAUGGGCCCCUUUUGCGUUGAUAUCCGCCGAAGUGGCGCAGCGCGACGCAGAAAGACGACUAAAUCGACUUCAAGCUGAACUUGAAGCCGUUUCUGACAGUAUCCAUAAUUCGGAAACCGCAAGGAAUCAUGAAGAGGACGAGAAUGACGAAGAACAAGACAUCGAGGCGACAGCAACUAUCCCUCAAAUCGAUAACGAAUCAUCCACCGACCAAGCCGGAAUUGUGCUUGGCUUACACAACGUCGCAAUAUCCUUUCCACAGAUUUUCUCUACUAUAAUCAGCAGUCUGAUCUUCAAGGCGUUGCAGAAGCCGCGUGAUGAGCCCUGGGAUGAUAGUGUUGGAUGGGUUAUGCGGUUCGGCGGGKGUGCGGCUUUGGUGGCUGUUCGGGACAGUCAGCAUGUGCUUUACGCCAGCAGUCCGGCCAGGUAUCUAACUCUCAGCAUUGCCGCUCUCCUGGGGAUAUGUACACAACAUCUCGGUGCGGGCGUCUUCCAUCUGGAGCUCGUUGAUUCGUUAGAUAUCACCACUUCAACAACAUAUCUGCUGCAGGGGCAGGCAGCUGCACUCUCGAACUCCGCGCGACGCAGGGCGGCAGAGGAUACAGAUCCGGAAGAUGAUGCGCCGGAACCAGAGAAGAAGGAGUUUUUCAGCUCUUGGGCUUUAUUCAUUCUGAUCAUGCUCCUGAUAGGUGCGCUUUUCACAAGCUAUAUUCUUCAACAGAGGAAGAUACAGGCCGUGCACGAAACGGUGUUGUCUAUCUUCGGUGGCAUGUUCGUCGGCUUGAUUAUAAGAUUGACACCUUCGUCGCCAAUCCAAGAUGUCGUCACGUUCGAUUACCAAUUUUUUUUCAACUUGCUUCUGCCGCCGAUCAUUCUGGCUUCGGGGUAUGAGUUACAUCAGGCAAACUUCUUUCGCAAUAUCGGCACAAUCUUGACUUUCGCCUUUGCCGGUACUUUUAUAUCUGCUAUGGUGCUCGGCCUUAUUCUCUACCUAUGGACGCGAAUUCCCUUGGAUGGCUUGAACAUUAGUCUUGUCGAAGCCAUCUCCGUCGGCGCGACCCUCUCCGCAACCGAUCCAGUGACGAUCCUCGCGAUUUUCAACCUAUACAAAGUCGAGCCCAAGCUAUACACGGUCAUCUUUGGCGAGUCGAUCCUAAACGAUGCUGUCGCUAUUGUCUUAUUCGAGACUGCGCAAAAGUACGCCGACAAUGACGCGGCGAAACUUACUGUGCUCAAUCUCUUUGAAGCCAUUGGACUUUUCUUGUUGGUUUUCUUUGGUAGUAUGCUUGUCGGUAUUUGUGUUGGAAUUGGGACGGCGCUGCUCCUCAAGUACACGCAUGUCCGCCGGUUGCCGAAGAUUGAGAGCUGUCUCAUUGUUUUGAUUGCAUAUGCCGCUUACUUCUUUUCGAACGGAGUGUAUCUUUCUGGAAUUGUGUCUCUGCUGUUCUGUGGAAUUACGCUCAAACAUUACGCUUAUUACAACAUGUCCAGAAGGACACAGCUCACCACCAAAUACCUUUUCCAGGUCAUGUCACAACUAAGCGAGAACUUUAUUUUCAUUUAUCUGGGCCUUGACCUUCUCGUUGAAUCGGAACUCCGAUUCAAACCACUUUUUAUCAUAGUCGCCGUCCUGGGCAUCUGCUUUGCGCGGUAUCUAUCAGUCUUCCCGCUAUCCAAAGCAGUUAACUGGUUCAUUCGCUACCGAGCCCGACGACGGGGAAAGGAUGUGGCCGACGAACUUCCCUUCUCGUACCAGGCAAUGCUGUUCUGGGCUGGCUUGCGUGGUGCGGUCGGUGUUGCACUGGCAGCUGGCAUGUCAGGUCCCAACGCACCUGCAUUGAGGGCGACGGUCUUGGUCGUCGUCGUCCUCACAGUUAUAAUUUUCGGAGGUACAACCGCCCGAAUGCUGGACAUACUCGGGAUCCGCACCGGAGUUGUUGAAGAAGUUGACUCGGACGAUGAAUUCGAUAUCGAGGUUACUCACGGCGGAACGUACUAUAAGAGAGCAAACAGCUCUGGCAUAGGAUACACACCGCGUGUCACUGACCGUACCAUUCCCCUGGAUAAUGUCGGUGAUCGUCCAGGUGUGCCUACCACAGACAGCUAUUCAAGUGGCAACAACCGUCGGCCGAGUCCCCCAUCCCGUUCAAGGAGUGCGGCGCGCAGGACGAAGAAAUUCAACUCUGUUGAUCGUGAUCAGUCCGCUACACAGGGACUUUUGGGAGUCGUUACUGGCAGUCGUAGCGGAAGUGACAUUGGCAGCGAUGAAGACAUCGCUGGCGGACUUGGCGGAAAACAUGGGGCCAUUGACGCAGAUCAUCUAGAUGAAUUCGACUUGGAUGUCGACCCUCUUUCGGAUGAUGAUCUUCCUCCGGCAGCACCAUCUACCUCUCGUUUGCGUCGCUCACCAUCUCAACCUCAAACCGCAUCCACCAGCGCUUCCCCUGCCAGGCGCGCCACGGAAAGUAGUACUGGCACACAUCGUGAGCCGAUAACAGCUCGCAAUGCGCUACGUGAAUUAUUCUCUGGUGGCCCAACGGGCGAUCACGCGGAAUGGUUCCGACAGCUGGACGAGGACUUUAUCAAGCCCACGCUUCUCCUAGAUCAAUCAAAUCAUAAGGGGCCGGGGGCGGUUUGA